GUGCCACAGUGUCUUGAUCCUCGCCUCCUCCGCGCGCUUCCUGAAAUCCGUGCAACCCCACCGGCAUGUCUCAGGCCGAGUUUGACAAAGCUGCAGAGGAGGUUAAGCACCUCAAGACCAAGCCGACAGAUGAUGAGAUGCUGUUCAUCUACAGCCGCUACAAACAAGCCACUGUGGGUGACAUAAAUACAGAACGGCCUGGGAUGUUGGACCUCAAAGGCAAGGCCAAGUGGGAUGCCUGGAAUGCCCUGAAAGGGACUUCCAAGGGAGAUGCCAUGCAAGCUUACAUCGACAAAGUAGAAGACUUAAAGAAAAAAUAUGGAAUAUAAGGGACUGGAUUUGGCUGCUAGCCACACAGUUCAUCUAAACUGAUAGAAUGCCUUGUUUUUUUAAUACUGUGGAUCAAGUGAAAUAAUGAAAAUAACCAGUUAACCCAGUUCCUCAAGACUGUCCAGGAUAUGGCUGUAACUGAUUAGGGGCUGAAACGGUUACUGACCUUUGCUGAGUAGUUUUUAUCUGUAGGUCAAUUAAAAGUACAUUUGUUACUUU